UCUGCGCGUCAAGCCAAUGAGUCGGCAGCGGGAUUACUUCCGAGCUGAGAGCGGGGGGAACCCUACUCUAAAAGAGGACUAGGGAGUCUGUGGCUCGGGUACGGGGUUAUUGGGAGAGUGAAUUGGGUUGGUCGGAGUUUCAUGCAGGACCGGGGUUCCUGGGCACCCCCCUCCUGGUACAGAAAUGCCACCCUCGGCAAGGAAAUCGACCAAGGAGCGCGAGCUGUUCUCCCUGACCUCAUCCUUACCAUGCGCCUCGUGGCUGAAGGUACUGCUGUGUAGCCCCCUACGCUAUCUAUGGAUGGUCCUCAUGGCCCUCACUGUGCUCUGUGUGGCCGUCCAGAUCCUAGGAGUCGUCUGGCAGUCCAGGAACGAUAAGAUGUUGAGCAAGAAGCUCCUGAAUGUGCGGUUUACCAUCGAGAUCCAGGGAACGCUCCCAACUGAGCAGAGGGACUGGAGAAACUUGCGCUCUUCGCAUGCCCCUGUCGUAGAAGAGGAAGUGAGGUCACAGGAGGAAGGAGCUCCUAAACAAUCGGCCAAAGAGAACCAGAAGGUAGCAGAACAUCAAGAUGGCAGAGAUGAGCCAGGAGUGGAGAGGAGACUCCAGGUGCAUCACCAACAUUUAAAGCUCUCAAACACUUUCAAUAAGGUCAAAGACUCCAGGAAAGAGGAAAGGGGUAAAGUUUUAGCAGUAAAGGCAGCCCUGCCCAAAGUCACGUUGGGUGAUGAUGAGUUGCAUUUGGGGGUUCCCGGGUCUGUGGUUCUCCAGCUAGGCCACCCAGCUAUCAGAGUGGUAUCUACCCUGUCUCACAAACCGUUCCAGGUCCCCUUAACCAAUCAGCUGAAGAGUAGAAACAGCCUUGCCCCUCUAGGCACCAACUCUGUAGUUGCCGGGGUGAUAAGCGAAGUGAAACCGGGGAUUGCCACCUCCACCUGUCGGCCGAAGAACCACAUCGUCUUUCUAAAGACGCACAAAACGGCCAGCAGCACCAUCUUGAACAUCUUGUAUCGCUAUGGCGACAGCCGCAAUCUGACCUUCGCCCUUCCACUGAACAUGCACAGCCAGCUGUUCUAUCCCUUCUUCUUCGCCUCACACUUUGUGGAGGGAGUUAGGAACCGCAGUGUCAAAAAGUUCCACAUCAUGUGCAACCACAUGAGGUUCAGACCACCAGAGGUGAGGAAGGUGAUGCCCCAGGACACAUUCUACUUCUCCAUCCUGAAGAACCCUGUUGCCAUGAUGGAGUCCAUCUUCAUCUACUACAAGAGCAUUCCCGCCUUCCGCAAGGCCCGCAGCCUGGACGACUUCCUCGACAACGGUUGGCGUAGUUACAACACGUCCCUGCCCAACAACCACUACGCCCGUAACAUCCUGACCUUUGACUUUGGCUUCGACAACAACGUCGCCACAGAGACGCCCGGAGACCUAGAGACACGGGCCGCCACAGCCAUUGGCGCCAUCGAGGAGGACUUCCACCUUAUCCUCAUCUCAGAGUACUUUGACGAAUCCAUGAUCCUGCUCAAGCGUGCCCUCUGCUGGUCUCUGGACGACAUCGUCUCCUUCAAGUUGAACAGCCGGAGCGAGCGCGCACGGAACAUGCUCUCCCCGCACACCGCUGACAAGAUCAGAGCCUGGAACGCCCUUGACUGGCGGCUCUACCUGCACUUUAACGCCACCUUCUGGCGACGCGUGGACACUACUGUGGGGCGUGAGGAGAUGAGGCGGGAGGUGACUCGGCUGCAGGAGCAACGUGCCAAACUAGCCAAAACCUGCCUGAAGGAUGGUGGUGCAGUGGACCCAUCGCAGGUACAGGAUGCAGGGCUGAAGCCCUUCCAGUAUGGAGCGGCCAUCAUCCAGGGCUACAACCUGAACCCUGGGCUGGACGGGCCUACCAAAACACACUGUCAGAACCUGAUCACUCCAGAGCUGCAGUACACAGACACUCUCUACACCAAGCAGUUCCCGGAGCUUGCCACUAGGCAGAGACAGGCCGCCAAACUGGUCGCCUCACAACGUCAGCUUGGUCCAGCCAAGGUCAGCCCAAACAAAGCAGCCAUGGCUGGGCCGGUGAGGGUGAGGGAGGCCCGACACAGUAGGACAGUCAAGAGUGGACCCAGAAACCCUAAUGCCCAGAACCAAAAUGACCCCUGCCCAACUGUCCUGUCUAAAAUCACUGCAGAUAGAAGUGACAGAAACAUGCCUUGAGGUGUGGCUCUUUCAACAUAGACUAUGGGACUAAUGGGACAAUCCAAUUCCACAGGAGCUCAUCAUUGAUGCUGAGCACAGGAGUCUUUUUCAGCUGAACAGCCGAUGGCUCUGUUUUGUCUGUACAUUGAGGACGUUUCGCUGCACAUUAUGCUGACUCUGGCUGGCUGCAGUGCAUAGGGCCAGUUUGCUGACUUUGGUGGCACUAGGAUAAGCUCUAGUGUUUCUAUCCAACGAUACUGGACCUGUGUGGGUGGAGGGGAUGGAGUUGGGGGAGGAAGAGGAAGAGUAGGAAGUAGAGGGAGAGUGCAACUGGGCUGAUUGUCCUGCCUUGACUGGUUGGAUUGGAAGUAGCAUCUCAUAAACCCUCUCAUCGAAUGUCUCCCCUUGCUCUUGUCACACACUGAGGUUUAGAAUAUGAACCCUUGGGGUGUACUUUAGUUUGAAUGACACAUACGUGGUCCUAUUGAUUAAACUGAUUGGGGUUGGGUAAGGCCUGUAGUACAGUAGGCCUAUGUACAGUACCAGUGAAAAGUUUGGAGACACCUACUUAUUCCAGGGUUUUUCUUUGUUUUUACCAUUUUCUAUAAUGUAGAGUAAUAGUGAAGACAUCAAAACUAUGAAAUAACACAUAUGGAAUCAUGUAGUAACCAAAAAAGUGUUCUUCAAAGUAGCCACCCUUUGCCUUGACAGCUUUUCACACUCUUGGCAUUCCCUCAACCAGAUUCAUUAGGUAAUCACCUGGAAUGCAUUUCAAUUAACAGGUGGGCCUUGUUAAAAGUUCAUUUGUGGAAUUUCUUUCCUUCUUAAUUAAUGCGUUUGAGCCAAUCAGUUGUGUUGUGGCAAGGUAGGGGUGGUAUACAGAAAAUAGACCUAUUUGGUAAAAGACCAAGUCCAUAUUAUGGCAAGAACAGCUCAAAUAAGCAAAGAUAAACUACAGUCCAUCAUUACUUUUAGACAUGGUCAGUCAAUACGGAACAUUUUAAGAAAUUUGAAAGUUACUUCAAGUGCAGUCACAGUUUAUGAUGAAACUGGCUCUCAUGAGGACCGCCACAUGAAAGGAAGACUAAAAGUUAUCUCUGCUGCAAAGGAUAAGGUCAUUAGAGUUAACUGCACCUCAAGUUGCAGCCCAAAUAAAUGCUUCACUGAGUUCAAGUAACAGACACAUAAGAAGAAGAGACCUGCAUGGGCCAAGAAACACGAGCAAUGGACAUUAGACUGGUGGAAAUCUGUCUUCUGGUCGGAUGAGUCCAAAUAAUCUUUGGGGGUUCCAACCACCGUGUCUUUGUGAGAUGCAGAGUAGGUGAACGGAUGAUCCCUGCAUGUGUGGGACCCACCAUGAAGCAUGGAGGAGGAGGUGCAAUGGUAUGUGGGUGCUUUGCUGGUGAAACUGUCAGUAAUUUAUUUUGAAUUCAAGGCACAAUUUACCAGCAUGGCUACCACAGAAUUCUGCAUUGAUACGCCAUCCCAUCUGGUUUGCGAUUUGUUUUUCAAUGGGACAAUGACCCAAAACAUACCUCCAGGCUCUGUAAGGGCUAUUUGACCAAAGAGAGUGAUGGAGUGCUGAAUCAGAUGAUCUGGCUUCCACAAUCACCUGACCUCAAAAAAUUUAGAUGGUUUGGGAUGCGUUGGACCGCAGAGCGAAGGAAAAUGAGUCACCAAGUGCUCAGCAUAUGUGGGAACUCCUUCAAGACUGCUGGAAAAGCUUUCCUCAUGAAGCUGGUUUAGAGAAUGCCAAAAGUGUACAAAGAAGUCAUCAAAGCAAAGGGUGGCGACUUUGAAGAAUUUAAAAUUACUACAUGAUUCCAUAUGUGCUAUUUCAUAGUUUUGUUGUCUUCACUUUUAUUAUACAAUGUAGAAAAUAGUACAAAUAAAGAGAAACCCUUGAAUGAGUAAGUGUGUCCAACAUUUUGACUGGUAGUGUAUCUGUCUGUCUGCUAACACCAAAAUACAAACAGUAUCUCCACUUUACUACAUCUGGUCUCUCAUUUAGACAGGAAACAUCUCAGGUCUCAUUUCUCCGAGUUGAUAUAAACUUUACUCAGAGAGAAGGUUACCCAAUUUGGAGGUGAAUAAAAUACAUGAUGGUAUGUUAAACAUGUACUGUAUGUGUAGCGGACUGGGUGUAGUGGGUGAGAAGGAAGCAGAGAGUUCAGGGUAGCGCUAUAUUAUAUGCACAAAACGGCGAACAUAAGCCAACCCCACGAAAGCACAGGGCGCACAACAAAACAAAUGCCCCAAACACGGGGACUUAAACUGUCCAGCAAAAGCCAAUGAAAUGGGAAACACAGAACCCACAGACGUGCACACACGUUAGACAAAACAAUCCCGCACAAAGAGCAGGCGGGCCUACUGGUAAAUAAAGCCAGACUAACCAGCCUAAAACACAAACAGGUGAAACCAAUAAACAGAAAGGGGAAAAAAGGAUCAGUGGCAGCUAGUAGGCCGGUGACGACAACCGCCGAGCGCCACCCGAACAGGAAGGGGAGCCACCUUCAGUGGUGACAGUAUGUUAAACAUCAUAGGAGGCUGGUGUGAGGAGCUAUAGGAGGACAGGCUCAUUGUAAUUUAGAUUUUAUUUAUGUCACACCCUGAUCUGUUUCACCUGUCCUUGUGAUCGUCUCCACCCCCCUCCAGGUGUCGCCCAUUAUCCCCCGUGUAUUUAUACCUGUGUUCUCUGUUUGUCUGUUGCCAGUUCAUCUUGUUUGUCAAGUCAACCAGUGUUUUUGUUCUCUGCUCCUGCUUUUCACAGUUUCUCUUUUUCUCACCCUCCUGGUUUUGGUCUGUCCUGACUCUGAGCCCACCUGCCUGACCACUCUACCUGCCCCUGACCCUGAGCCUGCCUGCUGACCUGUACCUUUCCGCCACCUCUGGAUUGUUUGACCUCUGCCUACCCUGAGCUUGCCUGCCGUCAGGUACCGUUGCCCCACCUCUGGUUUACUGACCCCUGCCUGCCUUGACCUGUCUAUUGCUUGCCCCUGUUGGGUUUUACCUUGAUUCCUGAUCAUUUUUUAGGAGCCCCAUUAGCCAACCUCAAUGGCAACAGAUACAUUACAGACAAAAGAUUUUACAAUUUACAUGCAUUUAAAAACAUUAACAUGUAGUGUGUGUGUGUGCGUGCAUCUAUCAGUUACACAUACUGUAUCAGUACAUAUACAGAACAAGUAGGUCACAUGGGGGAGAGGCGUUGUGCUGUGAGGUGUUGCUUUAAACCAGGUCUGCUGUUCACUUGCGCUAUAUAAGAUGGAAGGGAGUUCCAUGCACUCAUGGCUCUGUAUAAUACUGUAUGUUUCCAUGAAUUUGUUCUGGACCUGUGGACCGUGAAAAGACCCCUGGUGGCAUGUCUGGUGUAUAAAGUGUGUGUGUCAGUGCCAAAUGCCUGGAAUGGAAUCAAUGGAAUGGUACCAAACACAUCAAACACAUGGAAACAACGUGUUUGACUCUGUUGCAUUGAUUCAGUUCCAGUCAUUAGAAGGAGCCUGUUCUCCUAUAGCUCUUCACAUCUCAGCCUCUUCUCGUAGACAUUUAAGGGAAAGAUGUAAUAACAGAAAUACCAUUACAAAAUGUUUGACUUAAGAGCACAUCUCAACUCUUUCGAUACCUACCUAAAGAUAGCCAGAGCUUGUAAUAUUCUGUAAUAAUAGAUUUGUACAUCAACUCUCUUGCAGAUAGCAGAAAGUUCCUAGAAUUUCCUCAUCCUUUAAGGUUAGAAACUGAGAGAGAUUCAGUGUCUAAAGGUAAUACAGUAACUGAGAGAGAUUCAGUUACUAAAGGUCAUUCAGUAACUGAAAGAUAUUCAGUAGGUCACUGUGGAAAAACAUUCACUUACCAAGACGGAGCAAAGGAGCUCUCGAUUCUCAGAAAUGGGAAUCAAAUUAAAAAUGUUAGAUUUCUUAGAAGACCAAAUGAUUAGUCUCUUUAAAUUCAAGUGCGUUUUUAAAUCAUACUGCACUUUAGUGUGAAUAUAUAUAAAUGAGGUGUAAAAGAAUUCUCGUAAAAUGGAAAUGUAGAUUUUGUAUGUAGAGAUGAUUUUGUGAUGUGAGUUCUUAUAUCACAAUACCUGCCUUUUAAAGUGGUCUGAUAUUUAAGUUUAUUUUUCUCAUUGUUGUGAGCGAUGUUGCCACAGAUUUCAAAUUGAAAUGGUCGAAUAAAAGGGUUCUUACUUUUG